CAUCCAUCCUCUUUACUAAAUCAUCUAAUCAAUCAACCGCUCACUUCCACGAGCAACAACUUGUCCUUUUCUCCUUGACUCUCUUCUCAUUGCUCUUGUACACUACUUGAUCUGCAGUACUAAUACCGAUACCCUUCGAAAAGCAAGGAGUUCCGGGACAGUCGAUCUUUCACCAUCACCUUGACCACGACCUAGAGAUCUUCCUGUUUCGGGAACAGCUCUGUUGCUGCGAAACUAUCAGAACAACAUCUUGCACGAUCUGGGCCCGUCCUGACAGCUUUACAUAUUCGGAUUCCAAAGGCAAAUUCUCAAGAUCAAUACCUCCAAAACCUGGCCACAACGCAGGUGGGAUUCCGAGGCUGAACAAGGCUGCUCUCCGCUGAUGCGGCGUAUGCUGCAACAUUACGGCGGUUAGCGAAGAUGGGAAGGGUAACGAGGAAGGCACAGGAGAAGCACAAGGUGUCUCUGUCGCCUGCGGUAUCAGAGCUCGUCCAGCAAGUUUCCACCGUCCCACUCGCAGAAUUACCCGCACUCUUCAGCGGAUGGUCGCAGAGAUGGCCUUAUCCUCGUGGCGACCUGAACAACUGGAUUGAGCCUCUUGAUCGCUUCGACACUAUCCUGGAAUCCUUCAAUGCAAAAUAUGGCCUGGAUAAAGGUCCGCAGACAAUCCCGUUCGGCAUAUCCCUGCUCCUUGAAGGAAGCCCCGGUGUCGAUGAAAAGAGACUGAAAGAGCUGGGGUUUGGUCCAGAAGGUGACAGAGAGCUGGUCGAGGCGAUUCUGGUCUUUUCAAAGUUGCUGGUGGAAAAAUGUGCCAACCGAGCUGUCUACAACAGCACCGAUCGGUUGAACGAUCUAUUGAACACCACCUCUCUUUCGCUCCUGCACACCACUCUGCGCAUCACCUUCUACCUGGCACAGCGAUUCGCGGAUCGGUCAAUUGCUCAACAACCGAUGACGAACAAGUUCUAUGACUUUGACCAUGAACGCUUGAAGAAACUUGCGGCCCCUCUUGGACCACAGAUGUCAUCCAGCAAACGUGGAACAUUAUCCCCGGUGAAGACCACAAAGUCAAAAGAGAAGGUUCAGCAUGGGGCCAAAGCCAGACGAGGCUCGUCUACCGUCAACCCGAAUGACUUUCGUUCUCUCUGCAAGGACAUAUCCAAUCACAAGGACGGGGGCAAGGCAACACCUGCGCCUGAGCGGGAUUGGCAAGCAUGGGCACACGUCAAAGUCUCCUGGUCGUCCCAGAGCUCCGAGCAGCAGAAAUCUACGAGCGAAGAACCCUCCCAGAUCUCGGAGACUCCUUCAACUCCCACCCCAAUCAGACAAUCGUCUGCACUUGGCAGAAUUGACACCAGCGGUUCACCCAACGGAAAUGCUAGUCACCAGAGUCCUAUGCAACAUGACUCAGAGGACAUCAUGAAGCAUGUCGAGCUCUCGCCGACAGAAUUAGCAAGUACUUCGAUCGAGUCCAUACUGCGUGACCAACCAGUGGACAUGCCACCAAAAGCACGAUACGAGCUGCUGCACCAGCUUCGUGUCGCCUAUGGUUUGAUGACCUCACCCAAGACUCGAAAAGAAUUGCUCGCCAUUCGGCUCCUCGCAAUCAUCAGCCUGGCGAACGUAUUGGUGGAGGCUGAGUUCUCUCGGACAAUCCUUCCCAUCGAGCAUGGAGUGAAGACUUACGAAUUAAUUCAGCAACUCGUCAGUCUAGUCCACGACACGAAGAAGGGUCACUCGUCCGUUUCUCUGUACCUGCAAACCCUCGCCAUGGAAACAAUGGCCCAGCUGGCUCAUUUCAGAUCAUUCGGUUCAGACAUCAAUGCCGCCUUAGGAGCUGGCUCUUCUCAAGGCCUUCUAUCUCAAUUGAUCAUGAAAGGCCUGAACGACAUCGCGCAGGACAAUGACAGUACAGAUACGCCUGUUGGAGAUGAUUGGCGAGAGGCGAUCUUUUCUAUGCCGCGAACUCUGAUCGAAGUGACUGGUCACCACGGCCGAUCUAGUGAGGCUGUCAUAGCUUCCAGCUUCAUCACCACAUACUUGUCUGGCUUCGAUGUCACGACUGGCAAAGCUCUCCGUGUCCACUUGCGGAUGCUUGAUUUCAUCAAGAUGUUCUUUCACCAUUUCAAGGAUGGCCUAACCACUCUCCUAGCAAGCAACGCUUUCGAAAAUAUUAGUAAUCUUCUCGGCAAGUUGGUGAAUAGCGCAUGGACUAUGCUUCAGGCGGGUGAGGGUAUCCCGGUGCAGUACAAGACUCGUGCAACCGACUAUGAGAUUCCAUACAUGCAUCAGCAGAUCAUCAGAUCAGUUGUCGACAUGAUCAACGACAUUAGCACCCAUCAGGGUACCCAAGCAGAUCGAGUUCUGAGAAGUUUAGUCGACUCUCAAGCUUUGCUUCGUGCCUUCCGUCUCGUCAUCGAUCAUUUGGCCGCUUUCGGUGCACACACCUGGAGCGAAGUUGUCAAAGCCAUCUGUGGAUUCCUCCACAAUGAGCCAACCAGCUACACUGUCAUUUCAGAAGCAGGUAUCAUACAGAGCCUAUUGGAAACUGUAACCGCCGGUCAGAAGCCUGCAGAUACACAACACCCAAGAUUGGUGUCGUCGGAACCCGAGAAUCGGCCGCAGGGUAUCCCGCCGGUACAGGACGCAAUCAUCAAUGUGUCCCAGAUCUUUGGCGCCAUCUGCCUGACAAGUACUGGUUUCGAUUAUUUCAAGGCAUCUGGUGCUCUAGAGAAGUUCUUUGAAAUUUUCGAGUCGCCGGCACAUGUCAAGAUAUUGGGGGAUGCCACUGUAUUCGCGCUCCUUGGGUCGACUUUCGAUGAACUUGUCCGCCAUCAUCCAAACAUGCGGAAUGCAGUUUUAAGCGCUGUCAUCGUCAUGCUGUCUCGUGUCCGUCACAUCAGCAGAUCGCUCGCCGUCGAUUACGGUGCUGGUCCCAAGUUAUGGCUUGGUUCUGAGGAUGGACUUACGCCCUGCGGUGGACAAGCUGCUCUUUCUCUCGAAGUCGUACCGCCACCAUCAAUGAAUGCUGGGGGCUCUCCGCCACCUCAGGUGCUCGAGCUUCCCAAUGGAGACAAGUUGAGCCUGAAAGACCCGAUUUUGCCACCGAGCAUUGCGUCUGGAACCCCUCGCGAUGAAGACAACCACGGCCUCACAGCAAACGAUUAUGCCAGACCUGCCAUUGGGUUCUUGGUUACAUUUUUCGAGAAUCAGAGUCUGUGCAACAGCUUUCUCGACCACGGAGGUUGCGAUUUGGUUUUGGACUUCGCGACGCUACCAAGCUUGCCGGUUUCGAACAUCCCUUUCGAUAGGACUACGGGCAUGUUCCAGGAAUUGGCCGCGGCCAUUCACGUGAUGGCAGAAUGCAAGCCUUCCAUCGUCUUACCUACAUUAUCAGAUCGUACACAUUUCGCCUGCACCGAAUUGAAGCACUUCAGCCAGUGUCAACCAAAAGAUUGGUCAAGCUACUUCGGUACACUGGUCAAACCGACUUCCGCGCUUGAUGAGUCCUCAUCCGCUUCCAAUUCUGAACACUCAGGCGUUGGAGCAAACGGUACAAGAAUAGUGAAAGCUCUGAUGGCUGUCUUUAGCCUGGCUCAAGUUCUAGCUGAGGUUUUCAAUGCUCCUAUAUACAACGCGAGAUCUCCUCAGAAUAUGCUCUUCACUCAGGUCAACCUUGCGGAUAUCCUUGCUGAUAUUGCAAAGAUGAUGGGCGGCAUUUCCGCUGCUUGCUACCGGGAGGAUAUCGCCAUCCAAAUUGACUUACCUGAAGGCUGGGCUUCGGAGACUCGACCUGAGCAUUUCUCUACAGGUGAUGACGAAGUGGAUAAGAUCCUGAGCGUCCGUGGGAACGGCACACUGCUCCACGAAGACUCAACUUCUAGCACAUCAGAGAACAAUGUCAAUGCAGCUGUUGAAAGCUCAAAACUGGCUCAAGAGAAGGAGACGCCGGCUUUCAAGAAUGUCCAGACUCUUCGGUAUCUUCUUGUUGAAACUCCAGCGGCCAUCACAGAAUUUUUCUGUCGCUUGGGACGUGCCAUCACUGGCCGGCGACGACCUGACACAUUCUCUCGUCAGAAGACUGCUUUGGUAGCAAAGGCACUUGCCUCGGCUUACCUGACUCAGAUGCAGCCAUAUUUCCUCGGUCCCAUGGCUUCUGAAAAGAAUACCGUGUCUCGAUUUGGCUAUCUUGUGAUCGCACUAGAUAGCGUCCGCCGCAGUUUCUAUGACGACAGCCAUUCGAAUUCAGUGCCGAUACCACAUCCAGCUAGACAAAGCUUCGUUAUCGAGGCCUUCCGCGAAGCUGGGGGUAUUAAGAGCUUGACCUCGAUUGGAACAGAUUUUUUUGACCAGUUGAAGUCGUGCAAGGUAGAUCAUUCCAUGUUCGCGGCCAACACCGGUCUCAAGAUCUGCCUUGAUAUCCUGGAUGAAUUCACCAACUCAAAAAGUAUCAUGGAUUCGGCUCAGUCAAACGCCAUGAAGGUUACGGAUCCAACCAAGCAGGUCUGGUUCAUCCCGGCCCAGGUUCUGGUCAAUCUGCGCAUGGAGGCUCUGCCAUUAACCCGGCUGAUCUGGGACAGUGACUACGCGGAUCAAGCCUCGAGAGAUGUGGUUCAAAAACUGAUCUCUAUCCUAAAACACGUUCUUUUGGGCGACCAUGAAGGCGAGGCAGUUCAGAAGGAUAAUAAUGUUCCUGUUUUGGCACCAUUUUCGCCCAGAAAAUUGGUCAUUGAUCCCCAAAAAGUCAGCAUUCUCAAGGAUAAAGGUUAUGACGAAGACCUUGCUCGAGAAGCACUGUAUCGCGCCAACAAUCAGCCAAACAACACUCUCAGCUCGGCGGAAGACUACUGCAAAGCUUUCAAGUCGAAUCCCUGGCGCAGAAGACUGCCGAUACCGAAUGAGGACGUCGACCUUUCUGCGACCGCACGGGACACGCCAGGCGUCAUGAGCCCUCCGUCGAAUCCUCACAGUUUGGCUGCCGCAUUGGUGGGCUCUCCUUCCAGCGGGCUCGUUGAGGCGACUCUUGCGGAGGUCACGAAUAGUGCGUCCGAUCCGAACGACAUGGAGGACGUUGUGAGUUCUGGGCCUCAAAUGUCAUCCGCGUCUACACAUCCAGGCGGUCCCGCACUGACGGGGUCGUCUGCCAUGGACAUUAGCAAUAUAUUGAAUGUUGAAGAUGCUCAAUCCGAGAGCCCUGAUCGCGCGGACACCGCACCCUACUCAGUCGAGACACUUACUGAAAUCAGGUCGGAGAUUAGGGAAGAUCUGGCCGAUCGAUGCAACAAUAUCCUCAGCAAUCACCCAGACUUGACUUUUGAGUUGUCGGACCUGAUCAUCAGCACCUAUAAGGACAUGCGGUCCGAACACGCCAAAGGUUACUGGAGAAUAACAAUUGAUAUCCUGUUCGGCGCGCUCCUCUCAAUGGAAGUCGGAGAAGACAUCAAUGAGGUCCGUGGGAAGAAGAUUGCUGCUGCUGCUCACCUCGUUGCCUUGCUCAUUCAAGAAAAUGAGGUUUUCGAAGAGACACUUAGCAUCUUCCAGGAAUCGUUUGAGGGUCUCUUGUCGUAUCUGCGACUGCCAGCGUCGAAUGGACAACCUGGUGAGGACUCUUACCCCUGGGUCGCGCCAGUCUUGUUGAUUGUCGAGAAAAUGCUUUCGAGAGAUUCCGAGCCUGCCGAGGUCAAGUGGGAUCCUCCCAUCGACCUCGACUCCAGCAGCAAAGCAGAGCUUGCUCCUGUCACUGUGCUUGACCUCGAUGCGAAGCUAGAGCUGUUCGAGAUCCUUGUGAGCAUACUGCCACGUGUUGGGAAGGAUAAGGCAAUGGCUCUGGCGAUAACACGUGUGCUAGUCAUUCUGACUAGAUCUCGCGAAAUCGCCACUCGACUCGCUGAAAAGCGUAACCUCCAAAGACUGUUCCUGAUGAUAAAGCAACUUGCCAAUGGAGUUGGUCACCGACUUCAGAGCUCUUUCAUGAUUGUCUUGCGGCAUAUUGUCGAGGACGAUGAUACCUUGAAGCAAAUCAUCCGGAGUGAGAUUAAAGCGCUGUUCAAUUCUCGAAACACAAGAAGCCAACUCGAUACUACGACUUAUGUUCGAGAACUUUACCAUCUCGUUCUGCGCUCUCCAGAUCUGUUCGUCCAAGUCACAAACGAAAUGGUCAAACUAUCAUCAUGGCAGCCCCAUGGAGGUGGCGCUGUCGGCCUUGCGCUCAGAGAAAAUGCGGAUGCCAAGUCAAGCGAGGAGCAGAAAGCUAAGCCAGGUGAAUCUUCGAAUGAGACCGAAGAUGUCUCUAUGCAACCUACAGCGACUGUUGAGGCACCCAACGAAUCGCCCGAGACGCAGAACAAGAGCAAGGCCCCAGAGACCAAACCUCCCGUGGUCGAGCAUCCAGAUGGAGUCGUUCACUUCAUUCUUUCAGAGAUUCUAACAUACAGAAAUGUCGAAGACAAGGAAACUCCCCUUGAAACGGUAACGAAAACGGAGCCGACCCCGGAGCAGGCUACCCUGUCAGAAACAUCUGAUGAUCCGGCGCCGGUACGGAUACUCCAAGCUCAAUCAAAAUCCGAAAAGGCGAAGUUCAAGCCCGAAGAGCACCCGAUUUUCUCCUAUCGAUGUUUUUUAAUGUAUUCCCUGACCGAGCUCCUGCAUUCCUACAAUCGUACGAAAGUUGAAUUCAUCACUUUCAAUCAGAAAGCGGAUCCAAAGGCGGCGACGCCUUCCAAACCUCGAGCAAACCUCCUCAAUUAUUUCUUGGACGGCCUUAUCCCCUCCGGUUAUGUCGACAAAGAGGACUCGCUGUUGUUCAGGAAGAAAUUGCUCACCAGUGAUUGGGCCAUCAGGGUCAUCGUUGCGCUAUGCUCCAAGACUGGCGAAUCGGGAACGACAGGACCAGCGCAACGCUUCUCCGUGCAGCCACAAAUUGACGAUGUGAACAAUGAACCGGAUUUACAAUAUGUGCGGCGCUUCGUUCUCGAACAUGCGAUCAGAUCUUACAAGGACGCCAUCUCAUCGAGCGAGCCCCUGCAGAUGAAGUACAGCAAGCUUCUCUGUCUGGCAGAUAUGUUCAAUCGACUCCUGACAAAGCCAGCUGUGCCCGAAGGUUCUGCUGGAUCUCAGAAUACCUCGUACAAGGUCCUGGCACGGAUGAUGUUCGAAAAGAAUCUUACAGCAGUUUUGAUGAGCUCGCUUGCCGAGAUUGAUCUCUCAUUCCCAGGAUCAAAGAGAGUUGUGAAAUUCAUUCUCCGACCACUACAGGAACUCACCACUCUGGCCACCAAUCUUAGCCUCAAUGAACCGGACUUUGUCAAUUCCGUUAGUGCGAGUACUGAAGAAGACGUUAUUUCUUCUGCCUCUUCUGUCUCCGAUGUUAACGAGGAACGUGAAGAGACUCCAGACCUCUUCAGAAAUUCUGCUCUCGGUAUGCUUGAUCGCGACCGAGAGUCGGAAUCAGAUUCCGAAGAUGACGACGAAGACGAGGAUGAGGAGAUGUACGACGAAGAAUACGACGACGAGAUGGAGUACGAUGAUGGCGUUGCAGGCCCCAAUGACGACGAAGCCGUCAGUGAUGAGGAGGUAGAUGAGGGCAUGGGCCCGGAGGGCGAGAUCGAAGGCCUUCCAGGCGAUGUGCCCAUGGACAUCGAAUUCGUUGUCAAUGAUCCUCACAUGGACGUCGACACAGACGAAGAUGGCGACGAGGACGAGGACGAUGAAGAUGAGGACGAUGAAGACGAAGACAUUAUCAUCGAAGAAGAUGAUGACGACGAGCAUGGUGAGAUUAAUGGCGAUGAUGAUAAUGACAGCCUCAAUGAUACUCACAGGAAUGAGGGCGAGUGGGAAGACGAGGACGAGGGUGACGAAGAUGAUAUCAGCCAGGGACAAGAAGAGAUGGCAGGAAUCACCUUCGAAGGCGACGACAUGCGUCUCCAGGGGCAAGGCAACCUCCCUGCACCCGGCGUUCUCAGCAACCUUCUACGUGUGCUUGGUGAUCACGAUAUGGAUGGACCGCCUGGCCAUGCCCACCACAUUCCCCCAGAUCUCAUCGUUCCUGCUGCAGACAAUGGAGAACCUGGUGAUGAGGAUGAGGAAGACGAAGAUGACGAGGACGGUGACGAGAUGGACGAGAACGACGAAAUGGAUUACGGCGACUUUGACCACUUCUUAGCCGGUGGCGGAGAUGACAGUGAACGGGUCAUCUGGGAAGGUGCUCAAUUCCCACCCACACGCCGCCUCCCUCGACAUUUCCGCGGCCCGACGCAUCUGCGUAAUUUCGUCGGUCGCGUCCCGGGAACGGAAACCCGAGAGGAGUUGCUGGCCAUGAGAGCCGCAGGUCGACUUCCACAGCACGGCAGAUCUGGAGCUGAUGAUGGAACAAACCCUCUAUUGAGGAGACCUCAACAAGACCAUUUUCGCCAGGCGCGAGUCCAGCCGUUGGGACCAAACUUUUUCAUUGCACCCGGAAUGGGGGAUGCUGGUGGACUGGCCGGUUUCCCUCCUUUUGGCGCCGCUGUCCGGACAUUUGUCCGCCCGGGUGAGACAAUCGAAGCAGGCGGUCAUGGUGCUAUGCUUGACGCCAUACUUCAAGCGCUGCACCGUGGUGAUCGUGGACCUGAUGGUCGGUUCUCGAUUGCCAUGAAUGCACCUCUCACGGAAAUCCAGCACGUCCUACAACCGACAAUUGGCCACCGCCAUCGCGCUCCGGAGGAUUCUUCACGUGCUGGAAAUUUCGUGCCAGCACUCACCAUGACAAGAUGGCAGGAAGAAGCCCGUCUUCUUUUCGGCAACACCUACGUCGAGAAGAUCCAGCGUGUCCAGUGCCUAAUCAUGUCACUUUUGGUUCCUCUUGCUCAACAAGAAGAGAAAGAACGUCGCCGCAAGCGGGAAGAGGAGCAAAAGGCCGAACGUGAGGAAAUCGAACGACUGCGGGUGGAAGCAGAACGCCGGCAGAAAGAAGAAGAGGAGCGUGAAGCCGCAGCAAAGGCUGACGAAGAACGUUUACGCGCCGAGGAAGAAGCUGCAACCGUAGCCAGAGGUCAUGAUGAAAGUGGCUCAGAACAUGAUGAUGGCGAUACAGAGCCUAUGGAAGAUGUUCAGGCCCACGAAGCCGAAACUGGUGAAGAACAUGCAGAAGGUGACUCCGCCGAAUCGCAACCUCGCGUCUUCACUACCAUCAGAGGGCGCCGGCUUGACAUUACUGGGCUCGACAUUGACAAUGAAUACCUCGAAGCUCUGCCAGAAGAGUUGCGGGAAGAAGUAAUCAUGCAACAAUAUGCGACUCGACGCGAACAGGCCCGUGAACAAGGCAAUGAGUCUACAGCCAUCGAUCCAGACUUCCUCAAUGCUCUUCCUGAAGACAUUCGAGAGGAAAUUCGACAGCAAGAAGCCCAUGCCAUACGCCGACGUGAACGAGAAACUGCCCGUCGACAAGCUGCAAGCUCUGGUGCUGUAGCACAGGCAGAGGAAAUGGAUAACGACACGUUUCUUGCGACACUCGACCCAGCUUUCCGUCGUGUCAUCCUGGCCGAACAGCCGCCUGAGAUUCUGCGUCAGCUUGAUCCAAGACAUGCUGCCGAAGGCCGGGCUCAUGCUAGGCGCCUUUUCCAGUAUACCAACAUGGGAGAGCGCGACGGCCGCGAAGCUCGAACAAAUGAGGAUGGCGCUCAGCGCGACAACAAGCGCCAGAUCAUUCAGAUGGCUGACAAAUCUGGCGUUGCCACUCUACUUCGGCUCAUGUUCAUACCUCAACAAGGGUCUCUGCGGACCAAUCUAUGGCACAUUCUUCGAAAUAUAUGCGGAAAUCGCCAGACACGUUUCGAGGUCAUCAACCUUCUUCUCGUGGUUCUCAAGGAAGGAUCAACAGAUGUGAGUGCGGUUGAACGCAGCCUUGCCAAUCUAUCUUUGCGUGCCAAAGCAACUGUUGGACAAAAGACCCCGCAACCUCUGAAGCGUACGCUUUCGAUGCAGCCCGCUGGUGGCAUUAGUGAAGGGGUCACGCCUCUGGUUGUUGUGCAACAGUGUCUCUCGGCAUUGAAACAACUCUGCCAGAACAGUGUUCACACCCGCACUAUUUUCCUGCGUGAAGUUGAUAUUAAUCAAGCUUCGAAGAAGGGCAAAGAAAAGGCCAAGCAGGUCAAAAAUGUCAAAUAUCCCCUCAACGACUUGAUCAGCCUUUUGGACCGCAAACUGAUUGCGGAGAGCUCGUCUUGUCUCCAAUCGCUUGCGGAACUACUUUCCGCGGUAACUCAACCGUUAGCUGUCCUGCUGCGUAAAGACAAAGAGAAGGCAUCAGAAGAACAGAAGCAUGCUGAAGGUAGCCAGACGGAACAGCCCUCAGGCCAGGCAGAACAAACCGAAGCCGCACAAGGCGGAGAGACACGAGACGUUGAGAUUAGAGACGCCCCGGCCGCAGCUCAUGAUGGUAAUGAGUCUGGAACCGCAAGUGGUGUAGCUCAGCAAUCGGACCUGGGUGAAUCCUCCGCUAAGGCUGACAAUGAAGACACAAAUGGCGAUGAAGCGAAGUCGAAGAAACCGUUCGAGCCACCGGUCAUAUCAGAGCACAACUUGCAGCUCAUCGUCAGCAUUUUCGUCGCUCCUGAGUGCAACAGCGACACUUUCCAUUCGACUCUGGAGACGCUUUCAAGCCUUUCAUGCAUUCCAGGCACGGCUGUAAUCUUCAGCAAAAAACUGAUCAAUCAUGUCGAGCAUCUGUGUCAGUCGAUCUGCGCCGAUCUCGACGAGCUACUCCCACAACUGAAAGAAGCGCAGUCAAUCACAGAUCUGCAUGCGGUGUCCUCUACGAAAUUCUCCCAUGGAGGAUCUGACCAAGUCAAGUUGCUGCGGGUUCUUCAGGCCUUGGAUUACCUCUCUGCCUUCAAGACAGAUGAGGAAGAGACAGAAGACAAGAGCGUUGCCAAGAGUGUAGUCGCCAAUUCGUACGACAGUCUUGCCUUGAGGCCUCUGUGGGACAAACUGAGCGAGUGCUUGACGACAGUCCGAGAUAAAGACAACAUUACCGGGUUUGCUACGAUUCUUCUGCCUCUCAUCGAAUCACUCAUGGUGGUUUGCAAGAACACUUCUCUUAAGGACUCCAUGCUGGCCCGGCAAGUUCGGGAGCAGUUGCCAGGAAGUCCGGCCCCGGAGACCAUGGACGAGAUCCAGGAACUUUUCUUCAAUUUUACCACAGAGCAUCGCAAGAUCCUCAACGACAUCGUCCGUCAGUCUCCCAAGUUGAUGCAAGGCAAUGGCAGCUUCAGUCUACUUGUGAAGAAUUCCAAGGUGUUGGACUUUGACAACAAACGCACUUACUUCACCAAACAGAUUCAUUCUCGCCUCCAUCAACAGCGGCACAUCCAACCUCCAUUGCAACUCAAUGUCCGUCGUGACCAGGUGUUCUUGGACUCGUACAAGGCCUUGUAUUAUAAGACUGCUGACGAGAUGAAAUAUGGCAAACUCAAUAUCCGAUUCAACGGCGAAGAAGGCGUCGAUGCUGGUGGUGUCACGCGAGAAUGGUUUCAGGUUCUUGCUCGAGGCAUGUUCAAUCCUGAUUGGGCUUUGUGGCAACCUGUCGCAGCUGAUCGCACGACUUUCCACCCCAAUCCUCUGAGCUGGAUCAAUGGGGAGCAUCUUCUGUACUUCAAGUUCAUUGGUCGCAUCAUCGGCAAAGCACUACACGAAGGUCGUGUCCUCGAUUGUCACUUCAGCAGGGCUGUUUACAAACGCCUUCUUGGAAAAGAACCUAACCUCAAGGAUCUUGAGUCAAUGGACCUCGACUACUAUAAGAGUCUGGUCUGGAUCCUUGAGAACGACAUUACCGAUGUCAUUACAGAAGAUUUCUCAGUCAUCGAAGAACAAUUUGGUGAAGAAAAGGUGGUCGAUCUGAUUCCCAACGGACGAAACAUUCCUGUCACCGAUCAAAACAAGCGGGAAUACGUCAAUGCCCAAGUUCGCUAUCGUCUAACAACAUCGGUUCAAGAACAGCUGGAGAGCUUCGUUCGAGGUUUCCACGACAUUAUCCCUGCCGAAUUGGUUGCCAUUUUCGACGAACAAGAACUCGAGUUGUUGAUCUCUGGUCUUCCAGAAAUCGAUGUCGACGAUUGGCGUGGUCAUACCGAGUACCAUAACUACACCGCCAACAGUCCUCAGAUCACCUGGUUCUGGCGCAUCGUUCGAGGCAUGAGCAAUGAAGAACGUGCGAAGUUGUUGCAAUUCGUCACUGGUACAAGCAAAGUCCCCUUGAAUGGUUUUAAGGACUUGGAAGGGAUGCAAGGAAAUACCUUGUUCAGUAUUCACAAGGAUCCAAGCCAAAACCGGCUUCCUACUAGUCAUACUUGCUUCAACCAGCUUGAUCUACCAGCUUACGAUGAUUUCGACACGCUCAAGAGCAACUUGAUGACAGCGAUCAAUCUUGGUGCUGACUAUUUCGGUUUUGCUUGAUUGCCAUAUGUUUCGGGGUAUGCUGGCCACAGUCUUGGUGGUAAAAAUCGGGAGAAAGUUCCCGAAGGGGCGGUCUUGUGUGGUACCGGCGUUUAUGGGCAAACAUGUUGCUAGAGAGAGGCAACAGGAGCGUGAAAAGAGGCUAGCAAGGACAGCGGGUUUACCAAAAGUUGAGAAUGGUUAUGGCCACUGGUAUGGUCCCAGGGUAGCAACAUGAACUGAGCUGGAAGUACUCCUGGAACGAGAUGUGCAGAUCUCGGAUUCGGAGUCACGAUUCUUCUUUAUGGGUCAUCCCGCAUAGAUAGCUUAGCUAGUGAACAAUGCAUCAGAACAAGCUGGCUUCUACGCUACAACAAGCCACAAG